AUGUCCCGUUUCAGUAACUGGAAGGCCUGCCAGGUCAGCAGAAGCUUGAUGCCAUUUGACAACAUCAGAGCACCCCGUGAGAGGAGGAAGGAGAACAAGAAGGAAGCCCUCUUUGAAGAGCAGCCCCAGCCCCUCGGUCAGAGGCUGCCGAAAGGGGAAGGGGCCCAGAUUGCGGGCGACGAGACCAGGGACGCAGGAGCUGACAAGGCUGUGGAGGACGGCGCUCCUCUCAGCAAGAGAGAGUCCCGGAAGGACGCCAGGGGAACAGACUGGAAGCUGCCGGUCCCCCUGGGACCUGUUUAUCCACCUUUGGUCUCGACUCUGAGCUCCGUGAAAGCCCUGGGACGAAGCUGGGAACUGUCUCCUCCGACGACAAACAGGUUCCGGAUACACGACGUGCAUGCAGCCCGCCUGCCCCAGCAGGGCCCCUUCCAGAACUUCAUGGACAUGAAGGCAGAGAAGAGGCUGGCCGGCCGCAAGGAGCGUCGCAGCUGCUUUGGAGACAUCAACACUCACAAGUGCUAUCAGUUUGGACAGAUUUUCUGCCCUUUCCAGGCCCUUGCCACCACGGUGAGCACAGAUUUAGGGAAAGAGCUGAAGGUAGGUGGCCACGGUUGUGUUCAGAAACACAGCCAUUUCCAGAAGAGGAAGAGGUCUGGGGAGAGGGGGAUCUUUUGUGAUAAAGGAUGA